AUGUUUAACAGAAAAGAUCGUCUUCAAAUAACCAAAAAACUUAAAAACAAAAGAAAUGGACAUCAACAAGGAGGAUAUGUUAAUUGGCGUUUUUUACAUAAAAAGAAACAACAAGAAAAGCAAGAGAAAACAAUUGAAGAACUUGAACAAAAAAUACAAAUAAAAGAACAACAACCUAAUUGUAGAAGAGCAAAUCAAAAGACUUGGUAUUCAUUAAAUGUAGCUUUGCCUGGUUCAAUUUUAAAUAAUGUCCAAACAAAAGAAUUAAGGGCUUAUAUUACUGGAGAGUUAGCCCGUAGUUUUGCUAUUUUUUGUGUUGAUGAAAUAAUUAUAUUUGACGAGACUGCAAAAAUAAAACAAAAACAAAUUGAUGAAUAUAAAGAAGGAAAUUGGAGUGGACAAGACCCUAUUAAUUCAAAUAAUUGUGAAUGUAAUUUAUUUAUGGCAAAAGUUUUUGAAUAUUUGGAAUGCCCACAAUAUUUGAGAAAAAAUUUUUUUCCGAUUCACAAUUCUUUACAAUUUGCUGGUCUUUUAAAUCCACUAGAUUCAAUGCAUCAUUUAAGAGCAACAGAUAUUGAUUUACCUUAUAGAGAAGGAAUUGUUUUGGAAAAGAGUUCAAAAAAAGGACAAAAAUGUUUUGUUGGAUUUGAAAGGGAUGUUACUUUAAUAAAUUGUGAACAAAAUCUAAUACCUCCAAAUACAAGAGUUACUUUAAAAAUAGAAGAGCCGGAAGGGUCUAAAAAGCUUAAAGGUUAUUUGACUAGUCCAAAACAAAUUCGAGAAGAAGCUGGAAUUUAUUGGGGAUAUUCUGUUAGAAUAGCAAAAUGUUUGUCUGAAGUUAUCAAUUCUUCUUAUGAUUUUGUUAUUGGAACAUCUGAAAGAGGAACUCCAAUUGAAGAAAUUAAUAUUCCAAAAAAGGAAGGAUGGUUAGUUUGUUUGUUGGAGAAAAAGAGUUUACUUUGA